AUGCGACGCACAUCCUUGGAGGUUUUGCUGUGCGGAUUGUCGUUGUUUGAUGUGCUGGUGCUCUUGUCGACGUUGCUCAUCUAUCCAGCAAUGAAUGCUUGCCAAAACCAACCAAAUCCAGUGCGUGAAGCUUAUCGAACACACAAACAGUUGACUCAAAGCAAUACCCGAACUCGAAGGGACGUUGACGAACGGAAAAUGACCGUGAUGACGAUAGUGAUGACGGGAAUUUUCGUGUUAUGCAAUAUUCCGCCAGCGAUCAACAAUAUCAUCGACAGUCAUACGCACACAAUACCGAGAACGUAUCGCACGGUAACCAGACUCUCUACAUUACUCGUUUGUGACAGUGCCUCCAAUAUCCUCAUCUACUGUUGGUUCAAUCGACAAUUUCGUCGAACCGUUUUCCGCAUUUGCUCGUCUUCCACUUACAAACGAGCCAAUUCACAAUACAUUCCCGCAUCAAAAACUCAUCGACCGAGCGAUUCUAGCACUUCUCGUGCUCACAAACUCUCCAUCAUCUGA